AGUAGUGGCGACGGCGUUGGACCGGACAGCGUUAUAUGCCGAACGGCUGCCGUACAGUCCGAUCGGUGCCGUCGCCGCGGGUCGCCCGUCUGUUAUUGUAUCGCCACACUUAUUAGCGAGCAGAGCGUUAUCGAGUCUGUUAUCGUUUGGCAAACAAGAGAUUUCGUCUUCGAAUUUCCCAACGACGGCCGAUCGCAGCACGUAGCGAGUCUGCUAUUACACAUUUUUUCCUCCAAAAUAGUUCGUGUUUUUUCCACCCGUCGGAUUUAUUCGCGCACCCCUCGGCCGGAAAUAGAUCAUUGAUAUUAUAUAGUAUAUAUUUGCAUAUAUACAUAUAUAUAUUACCCACGUGCACGACCCACCAGUAAACCCACCGUCGAAAUGAGACCACCGAUCGAGGAGGAAAUCGAAGCUGCCGAAGUGGAAGUAGACGAUGGCCAGCAGACCGCCGUCAUGUUGGUGUCCACCAGGCUGGCCGGAAACGCGGUUAUCCGAGUGGUGAACCGGUGCAACGAGGCGCAAGAGAGCCACAACUUGGACUUGUCCGAAUGUCAGCUGAUGCAGAUCCCUGACGCAAUUUAUUUACUUAUGCAAAACACGCAGCUGGUUACGUGUGAUUUAUCAAAUAACGUAAUUUCAAAACUACCAGUAAAAUUUACCGAACGGUUUCCGACUAUCACAGAGUUAAAUUUGUCUCAUAAUCAAAUCAGUAAACUGCCGGACCAACUGUCUGAAAUGAAGAACCUUAAAAAGUUGAAUAUUUCUUAUAACUCGUUUGUUGAGUUACCAGAAUCAAUUGCUCAUUUACCAGAAUUAACUACUUUAAUCGCUAACAAUAAUUUUAUUAUUGAUGUCAAUGUUAGGACAUUGGAAUCAUGUUUGAAGCACUUGGAAGAUGUUGAUCUCAAGGAUAAUCCACUUAAUACUUCGACGGUGGAUGCGCUGGAACAAGAACUGCAUUUUAGGGUGAUGUUCACACCCCCCACCGACGAAGACUGGAGAGAUUUAGACAAUUGAUUAACAAACACAUACAUUUGACAAUACAGAAAUAUAUUUUUUAAUUAGCUAAUAAAAUGUUUUUAUUCAUUUUUA